UCCCCCACCUUUCCGUUCUCUUUUCCUAUGUAAGCCGGAGGAGGGACGGCCGCCGUGCUCUCACCGCCACCGCCACCGCCACCCCACCUCGCCUCCUCGCGCGCGCGGCCGGCGAACAGGCCCGGAGGCGCGUUGCCUGUGCCGGGCCCGAACUAGGCUCCUCGGCUGCGCGCCCUGCCCUCGCGCAGGGACAGCGAGCAGGCUAUGCGCGCGCGGCUGACCUCCUUCCACUGACCUCAAUCUCGGCCGGAACCCGAACUGAAGGCUGGGAGUCAAGGUAUAUCAGAUGAUGGAUCUGUCCACGACUUCAGUAAUAGCUGCUAAGGCUUACAAGUACAAAGCAGAAUCACUUGUUAAGGACUACCUUCUUUCAGAUUCUUAUGUUUCAUACACUGCUGUGCUUGGUGGGAUCCUGAUGUGCAAGAUGGUCUAUGACAUUACGCACCUAAUCAGUUCAUUAUAUUACAAGGGUUAUGGUUCUCUUACAAAAAUCCAAAAGCUUGAGUGGAACAACAGGGGCAUGUCCACUGUCCAUGCAAUAUUCAUCACAUUAAUGUCAGUUUACCUAGUAUUCUUCUCCAACCUGUUCUCUGAUGAGAUGGAUGGCCCAGUAACAGUUCGGAGUUCAAACCUCUCCAAUUUUGCACUGGCGGUUUCUCUGGGGUACUUCAUUGCUGACCUUGCUAUGAUAUUCUGGGCUUAUCCUUCUCUUGGCGGGGUAGAGUAUGUUCUUCACCACAUGCUGUCAAUUAUUUCUUUAGUCUAUGCUAUUUAUUCUGAAGAAGGACAGUUGUACACAUACAUGGUUCUCAUCUCUGAAACAACCACACCUGGAAUCAACCUCCGAUGGUUUCUUGAUACCGUUGGAAUGAAAAGAUCGAAAGCCUAUGUUGUCAAUGGUGUUACAAUGUUUGUUGCAUGGCUGGUGGCACGGAUAAUUUUAUUCAUCUACCUGUUUUACCACAUAUACUUCCACUAUGAUCAGGUUAAACGGAUGCGUGUCUUUAGCUGCAUUUUGAUAUUCGCUGUGCCCACGACACUACUAGCCAUGAACAUAAUAUGGUUUGCCAAGAUCUUGAGAGGCCUCAAGAAGACGCUAGCCAAGAGACAGUGAAGAAAGGACGGGUGGAUCAUGGACAUCUACACUCAUCCUUUCGUACAGUGAUAAUACAAGUAUACACCUACAUAUAUUUUCUAAGUUAACUAUUUAGUUCAACUCAUUGCGCAAGCAAAAGAUAUCCCUUGUACAUGUCGCAGAAGUCUUCUAACAUAGUCGAAUUUUUUUUUACCCUUUUACGUUCUACAUUGUAAGUAUGCAUCCACGUAUAAUUAUGGCUGAGGAUGCUUUUAUCUGUGCAACAGAUGAUUCAUAUUUUUCAAGUUUAAUAUGUGGAGAUAGUGCCGCAGUGGCCAUCCCAUAAACCUAGAAACCUCCAUGUAUAUAGAUACAAACUUUAAUGUGAAACUCUUAUCGCUAUUACUGUGAAUUUUUUGGGAACUCCUCAA